AUGUCCACACGAACCCUUGUCACCACAUCUUUUGAGUCACCUUAUGUGUCUCUAGAUCUUCUUUCAUACUUGAAAUCUAGGCAGGUCACACCAUUCCAAAUUUUCAAUGAGGUUAUCAUGCCAGAUUUUCUCCACCAAAUGUCCGAGUUGAAACAGCUUGUUGAAGGCGGCAGCGGCAGAGGCAGCAGCACCACCACCACCACCAACAAUGGCGAUGAUACCAUCGUUGAGGAGGACUCCUACCUGCAAGGGAUGUUUGAGGAAAUUCAGAAUGAUCUCAUCUACAUCAAAAAGGCCUGUGUGAAAUUUAAGCAGUGGGAGGAAGAUGAAGUCAACGUUUCUAUGAAAGGUUUAGUUUUCCGGGCCUUGGAUGAUGCCUUUAAACAAAGAACAAGGUCACAAGAACGUAGAGAAGAAACCAGUUAUCUUAGGGACAAGCUCGUUAAAACUCACCACCUUGUCUCCAUGUUAAAGAAGUCUCUGCAUUCUUCUCCGCAACUCUCUUCAGGCAAUUUGAAAUCCCAGAGCCUACAACGUGCAAAACAUUCCAUGAUCCGUUGGGAAUUGAACCUUCAUGGUCGCUCAGUUUAUUUACCAACCAAAUUGCAGGAAAUAGAGGCGGAGAGUUCAACAUUCAAAGAAAUAGAGGCGGAGAGUUCAACAUUCAAAGAAAUAGAGGCGGUGUACAAUCGUCUAGAUGUCACAUUGAAGCUCUGUUUCCUCUGUUUCUCAGUGUUCCCUGAAAAUGCUGUCAUAAAGAAGAAGGUUUUAGUCCAUUGGUGGGUUGGUGAGGGGUUUAUAGACACUUUAGGUACAUCAGACAAGACUUCUGAGGAUACUGCAAAUAAAUUCUUCAACGACUUCAUAGAAAAAGGCCUCAUCAAGCCGGUGUACAAAAAGCGCAGACCAAGUGCUGAUAGCUGCAGCAUGGACCCUUCUGUUCGUUAUGCUGCGAUCAAGCUUGCAAAGAGAGCUGGAUUCUUCAGUUUUGAUAGCAAUGGAAAUCCCACCGAAGAUUUUACUUGUUCUAGGAGGGCAUGCCUUGUAAAAACUGAAGAGGGGUCUUCUGUACACGAAUUGCCAUAUCGAUUAGAACAGGAGAAGGUCCAAAGUAUAAUCAAUGUGAAUGAGCCUAAUCUUGACUUUAGACCUGAAUGGUUCUCCAAGAUGAAAUACGUAGCAGUUUUGCAGCUCGGGAGGUGGGAGAGCUCAGCCAAGCAUUUUAUUCAAGUAGAGGACAGUGCGUUCUUAAAAGGGUUGAAGAAUAUGAGACACCUUCGGUACUUAAGCCUUCGAGGAGUCUCUAGAAUUACGGAGCUUCCUGCUUCAAUUUGCAAACUCAGCAAUCUGAAGAUCCUGAACCUCAAUGGUUGUGUUGAUUUGGAGCAGCUCCCUCAAGGGAUAGGCUCACUCAACAACCUGACAUACUUGGAUAUGUAUGAGUGUUGCUUGAUCAGCCACAUGCCUAAGGGACUUGCUUUGCUCUCACAACUCCGAGUGCUUAAAGGGUUUGUGAUUGGUGAGCCAAGGCCUGGAGGCAACUACUGUAAGCUGGCUGAUUUGUCAGGCUUGGAAAAUCUGAGGAAAUUGAGUAUCCAUGUGGAUAAAACGUCUGAUGCUGCAAAAAGAGAGCUCUUUUCUUUGGCAGAGUUCAAAAAGCUCAAAUCUUUAUCUGUAUCAUGGUCAAGACUUUAUGACACUCGAGCAAAGUUCAAGCUCCGAUCUUUAUCAAUAUCAUGGUCAAGACUUUAUGACACUCCCAAAAAUCCAUUGAUGAUGGCUCCAGUUCCUGUUCCUUUGGUGAAACUUCCCUUGGUGAAACUUAACCUCCAUUACUUCCCUGGUUCUAAUAUUCCUAAUUGGCUGAUACAAUGGGAAUUGAAUAACCUAAAGAAGCUCCAUAUCAGCGGUGGAAGCCUCUCAAAUCUGCGUCACAGGGAAGAAGGCAAUUGGGCUGUCGAAACGGUGCGCUUGAAGUUCCUGGAAAAGUUGCAGAUGGAUUGGCGGAAACUGCAAGAAUUGUUUCCCAGCCUGACCUACUUGGAGAUAGACAAGUGUCCUAAACUCAGUUUCAUCCCAUGUGAUGAGAAUGGUGUGUGGAAAAAGGCAGACUGA